AUGGAAAAUGACGACGUGUCUGUCGCGGAGGCGUCCUCUCAACCACCGGCCAAGCGAGUCAAACUGUCGUCACCUGCCCCCAACAACAUCAAGCCCGUCUUCGGACGCCUCGACGUCGCCCUGAAUACCGACGAUUCUGGAGACAUCACUGUCAAUAUCAGCAACACCAGGCGCCUUGGCAAGCCCGUGAUCGACCAUCUUUCAGAUGAGACUUUCGCUUUUCAUGGAUCUCGCCAGCAGGCCCAUGCCAUGCUCGACAGAAUUCUGGAUCACAGCGAGAAUACAAUUAUUAUGGGCAUGGUGAGCCUUCAACCAGAUACCAGCAAGGCUGCACCGCAGUCAAAGGUGCCGGCGACUAUCCAGACAUUGGAUUUGACAGGUGCGACAGCUGCGGCAUCCGAGAACCCGACAGCCACAAAGCCACACACGCCUACGACUGCGAAGUCAGCGACGUCUACUGCCACGGAGAAAGAGACAUCUGCCCGUGAGGAACCAUCAACACCCUCGGUCACGCACCAGUCUCAGCAGCCCCCUAAAGUCGCCGCCAAGCCCAAACCACUUGCGCCUGAGAAUUCAUCGCUUGUUCUCUCUCGGGGCCAUCUGGAAAUUGCCUGGUACGGCUGGCAGACUGGUGGACGGCGGAGCAUGAAGUUACCGACCCUGCUAGGGAAACUCCCUGAAAACAACCACCCAAAUCCCUCGGUGGAGUGCAUGGUGCUUCGGAACUUAGCUGGAAAGAAGCCAGUCAUGAUGAUCGGCGAAUUUGAAGGCAUUGUGCAUUCCUUUAUGUUUGAACACUUCAGGCAUAAUUUGCAGAGGAAUGUCCCCCAGAUCAGAGAGGAUCUGUUGCAUUUCCUGAUCUUGAAGCGACUGUGGUUCUACCCUGGUUAG